AUGCAAAUCUUCGUCAAGACUCUCACUGGCAAGACGAUCACCCUCGAGGUCGAGUCGUCUGAUACCAUUGAUAACCGCUUGAUCUUUGCUGGAAAGCAGCUCGAAGACGGCCGCACCCUCUCGGACUACAACAUCCAGAAGGAGUCUACCCUUCACCUUGUCCUCCGUCUCCGUGGUGGCAUGCAGAUCUUUGUCAAGACCUUGACUGGGAAGACCAUUACCCUCGAGGUCGAGUCGUCUGACACUAUCGACAAUCAGCUCGAGGAUGGUCGCACCCUGUCUGACUACAACAUUCAGAAGGAAUCCACUCUCCACCUUGUGCUCCGCCUCCGUGGUGGUAUGCAGAUUUUCGUCAAGACUCUGACCGGAAAGACCAUCACUCUUGAAGUCGAGUCUUCUGAUACCAUUGACAAUGUCAAGGCCAAGAUUCAGGACAAGGAAGGCAUUCCUCCUGAUCAACAGCGCUUGAUCUUUGCUGGCAAGCAGCUUGAAGAUGGUCGUACUCUUUCCGAUUACAACAUUCAGAAGGAGUCGACUCUCCACCUUGUUUUGCGUCUCCGUGGCGGUAUGCAGAUCUUCGUCAAGACCCUCACGGGUAAGACUAUCACCCUGGAGGUUGAGUCUUCCGACACGAUCGACAAUGUCAAGGCGAAGAUCCAGGACAAGGAAGGCAUCCCCCCUGACCAACAACGUCUCAUUUUCGCUGGCAAGCAGCUCGAGGAUGGUCGCACUCUGUCGGACUACAACAUCCAAAAGGAGUCGACCCUCCACCUUGUCCUUCGUCUCCGUGGUGGUAUGCAGAUCUUCGUCAAGACUUUGACGGGAAAGACCAUCACUCUGGAGGUCGAGUCGUCGGAUACCAUUGACAACGUCAAGGCUAAAAUCCAGGACAAGGAAGGGAUCCCACCUGACCAGCAGCGCUUGAUCUUUGCUGGCAAGCAGCUCGAGGAUGGCCGCACGCUCUCUGACUAUAACAUUCAGAAGGAGUCCACCCUUCACCUGGUCUUGCGUCUCCGUGGAGGCAACUAG